AAAUGAACGCUUUUCUUGUAGUUCUAGACUAGGUGUAUACGGUUGGUUCACUAACACAAGUGGAAUAUAUUUAUCAUUUAGACUGUUGAACUGUGACUGUCAGUAAGCAGAAAUAUCCAGUAGUUUAUUAUGCAACAGCUAUUCUCAAUGGAGUGGCCUAAGUUUUAUCCAUCUCGCAUACCACUUUUUGCUGCCAUUCACGCUUUGUUUUGGUUGCCAGUAAUGUAUUUGAUCGCAAUUUAUUAUGAUCAUGUACAACCAGUUGUUCCAUACGUGAGCGCUCUUGGUGUGUAUCCGCCGGAAAAAUAUACUUUUAUGUAUUCCUUGGGAUUAUUUGGAGUACUAACUAUUAUAAGUCAAUGGUUUUGGUACUUAAUGAUGAGAAGAACACUUGUGGAGAGAAAUGCUUGGUCAACGGUUAGUGGACUACUCUGCAUCAUCGUACCGAUAACUUUUUCAAUAUCAGGCAUAUCCAUAAUAGCAUUGUCAAUAAUUGAUGGAAAAACUGACAACCAUACACAUUAUUACUUCUCUCUAAUGAAUUUCUAUUGUCACCUGGUUUCAAUUCCACUGGGUGGUCUGCUUGUUUCAUAUGCUUUCCAUCCACAGAGAUGGUUUUUCUUCGCUAGAUUAAUUGUUUGGAUUCAGAUGAUUCUUGGCGCACAUUUUUUUAUAUAUUUCAAUCAGCUUGGACUCUUAAUUGUGAAAGCGGAAGACUACUACUAUAUAAAACGACAUGAACCGGGAUAUGAAGAAUACAAAUGGAGCGCAGUGAGCGAAUGGUUUGUAAUACUGGGAAUCGUAGAAAACGCAUUCAUCACCAGUUUAGAACUACGGAAUUAUGAAAAGAAAAGAUUGCAUAUAGAAUAAGAAGUUCCACAAGGUAAUGGAGAGUUGAAUUAACUGCAAACAUUUCUUUCACUGCACCUGAGGAUAUAGAGACAUAAUAUAGGAUUUUCUUAAAUCCUUUGUUAUGCUCAAGUCCUAUGAUUAGUAAGAAUUUUGUUUUCUUAAAAAUAUGAAUAGAAACAUUAUUAUUAUUAUUAUUGCACCACUUUCUUUACAUUCACAACUUAUAUAUUAUAUGGAAAGAUAAAAGUGUAAAGAGAACAGACUUCAGGUAUGCAAUAAUAUUUUCAUUUUUUCUGAAAUGAACAGUCG